CAAAAUGGCGUUUCAAUUUUCAUGCAUCUUUCUCUCUCACUAUCUCUAUAUAAAAAUGUAUACUCUCCUGAUAACUAUAAUGAUAUCUCAAGUAUUCUUCGAAAGACGCGUGUUGCAAGUUGCAACCACGGUCUAUGCAACUACCCAAACGCUCCUCUUAUCACAUAUAAGUACAUAUUGACUUCAAAUGCUUUAACAUGUAUCUGGAAUUAAUUAUCAACAGCUCCGAAAUGUUAUCGUAUUAUUGCAGACUUUUUCUCAAGGACAAUCAUAUCACGAAUUUGGACUAUGAUGUAUUCAACCCGGAGAAAUAGCUAUUUGGGCUUAUAUAUACGUCCCGAUAUUUAUAAGUUUACAUCACGUGCAAAGUUCUCAAUAUAAUUGGCAAUCGAAUAUCGGAACGUAGCCUUAAUCGCGAAGGCAUUCCUGAACUAUACGCCGAGCGAUAGUUCAAUAAUUGACUGUAAUAGUCUGUGGAAUGAACUAGCUCUACCAUGCUUGAUUAUUGAUCAUUUAUAACAGACAACAGUGGAUGCUUUCCAGCAAGGAAACAUAAAUGGACAUAAAAUAGUAAUAUCAAGCUAGAACACAGCUGUGUAAAACUGUUCGUUAGAACAUCAUUUUAUCAUCAAAAAUGUUGCUAUUACAGCAAUUCUCGUUUCAUAACUGAAAUGUUAACGAUAAGCGAUGUUUUAUCUAUUCUCAGGCUUGUAUAUAAUAUUUUAGAGCACACAUUUUCAAUUUGAUAUCAUAAGAUCUUAAAUUUUAAUUAUUUUAAUUAGCUUAUAGAAGACCGUGAGAAGAACUAUAUAUAAGUCCCUCUCUGCUGAAAGCUGAAACCGCAAUUGACAUUUAACACACGCAGACACGCAUCACACGCUGACACGCAUGCGCGAAGAAUGUGAUGGCACUGAUGGACUGAUGGCACGUCUAAUAACCACUGUUCACUAACGCGUUUCUGAUAAAGGUCACGAUAAAGGUGAUAAAUGAGAGACACAAAAUAUCUAAUCCGCCGUUGCUCUAUUACCACAGAUAAAUGUAUACGUCCAGUGACGGGUCUAUUUUAAAUAAGGAACGAAUCAAAUCUAUAUAUAGGUGAAAUAGUACUUGCUAACCGCAACGCGAUACCGCAUGUAGCAUUUAAAAAAAGUGGCAUUUUUUUAAAUAAAGCAAGGAAGAAUAAAAAAUGCAUGGUAUCAUUCUUCUCCUAUUUAUUCUGAGUAUUCAGCCAGAUGGAGGAUUUUCGGAAAACUGGAUAUCUCCGUGCGAUUAUAAAUUCAAACAGAAAUACCCUAAGGAUAAAAACAUUUCUAACACAACGGUUGGAUUUGUCAAUUCUACGCACAUCAUGUAUUGCCCCCUUGAAGAGGUUAAUAAGUCUGUACACUAUGUUUUAAAGUAUAGUGACGACGAUGAAAGAAUCUGGCCCGAUAUGUUAGAGGUACAGUUUACACCUCCUAAAAGAGAAUGCUUCUACGGAGUAGCCUUAUUAUUUAAUCCUUCGAUCCAAGAUGAAGAUGAGUGUUUCGAUUAUGAGUUUGGUGAUAAGUACGACGACUGGCAAGUACACACCCCAGACAAGACUAUUGAUACGUACGACAACUGGCAAGUACACACCCGAGACAGGAAUACGUGUGUUUUCAAGCACGAUAAUCCAUUUGUAGAAUAUACAACUAGAAAUUACACGACAGGCUUCCUGUAUGAGGAUAAGAUCGGGGUGUUGUUCAACUAUAUAUUUAAAGGAUGCUACGUGGUUCGUUUUAACGUAAAUCAUAAUCCGAGAUAUGUAAUGAGCAAUCCUGCAUUUGCGAACACUACUUAUAAACGAAGGGAAGUGCAGGAACUGGACUUCAUCUGCAGAUAUUAUGCACGUCCUAAUCCUGAGGAAAGCAAAAUGACGAAUUUCACGUUAGAUAUUACGUUACCGGCAGAUACAGGAGUUUCCCUUAAAGUAUUUUUGAUAUCGCAGCGGAAUAAAGAUCGAAGUAAAGGUUGUUUAUGGCAAACAGAACUACCAUUAUUCGUAUGGACAAUUGACCUGAGAGUUGAUAGUGGAUGGAGAAACCUCUCAGAUCAAUAUUGCGAUGUGAAAUUCGUGGAGCCGGGAAAGAGGAGGUAUGAGAAGAGAGUAAAAUGUAAUUUUCUAAUAGAAGCGCCAGCUGCAAAUUCUUGUUUUGCAUACGGUUUGAAUGACGAGCGAUGUGCGAAAAAUACCAUAUGGAAGCCGGAAUCAGGAAGUAAAAGGAAAGCGUGUCUGUGGGUAAAGCACUGCGGACGAACUUACGUACAACACUGGGUAUACGAAUACCUUCAGACACCGAGAACACUGAUACAAUCAGACACGUUACUGAGCGCAAGUUCGUACCUGUUGUUGCCAAUUAUUGCCAUUGUAUUAAUCGUAAUGGCAGUAAUUGGAAUAUUAUGUUUCCGGCGUUAUUUGCGUAUUCGAAGGGAGGAAAUCAAUUUAUACGUAAACUCGCAACACGAUGAUUCCAAUUGUCUAAAAUCAAACGAUCUCGGUAUUAUUGAUGACAGUGAAAAGGAAAUCGGUCACGAUAAUCCUUCGUGCGACAAUAUCGUACUGCUUUACACCAACAGUUCACCAUUUUUCAUGGCAUUGAUGAAAAAUUUUCGUAAAACACUUGCCAAGAUGUGCUCUUGUCCCGUGCAUGACUGGCAUGACGGGGCUAUAUGGAACGAAGUGGCCAAGGUUGGUGCUGUUUCAUGGUUUACCGAGUUGCUUAAUAAUGGAUGCCGCGUCGUUUGGAUGGAUACACCGGCCACGAGAUCCGCCGUUAUAUCAAACUCGAGGGACGACGAGUCGAGCUCGGACAAGCUCAGUAAAUAUUAUGAGAUACACGAUUUCCGCGAUAUGGCAUUUCGCGUGGUGCUCGAGGUGGCAAAAAGCAAAGUAAACGUAAACGACGUCGAGCGGCAGUACCGCAGGCACUUCAUCGUAAGGUUCGAAGGAUUAGAGAGCACGGCAAAUGUGGACGAUCCAUUUUUAGAUCUCUCCCCUCACGCGCGAUAUUACAUGCCGCAGCAUCUCAUGCACUUGUGUUCGGACUUACGACGCGCUUGGACGUCUUUAACAACUGUCUCUUUACUCUCUUUCCAGAUGCGGCUGUGUCUCUCGAGUCUCGCGCACCUCCUGGUGCUCGUCGCCCUGGCCGACGUGGCCCUCGGAAGCUACUUGACGCUCUUCCUGACGAACGCGUCGUCGCGGGCGAACGCCGAUCAAUCCGGCACGGCGAACAGAGUGAAAUACAACGCCAAGCCGGCUGCCUGGAAAAAGAAAAACUUGAGGACAACGUGGACCAAAAUUUUGCAGUAUCCGCCAGAUUCCAUGGAAGUUGCCGUCGGGAGCCGCGUCGAACUGCAUUGCGAGGUAAUUGGAAAUCCGCCGCCCCAGGUCUAUUGGCUAACAGGAAACGAGCCGGAAAGGCAGAGUCAAGAGCUGCUCGCGGGGUCGCUCCGCUCUGAGGAAGCGAGCGGCGUGUCGACACAAUGGGAAGGGCUCAGUCAGGUCUCCUCCACAUACGUGAUCGAUUGCGUCAGAGCUGAGGAUCAGGGUCUAAAAUAUUGUAUGUCUUUGUCGAAAAAUAUAGUCCAAACGGCGGCGACGGCAAUCCUGGUCAAUAGUACCAAAGUUGCCGAGUGCAACAAGGAGAGCCAGCCCACCAUCACCCUGUACCACUCUUGGCGAUUGGCGCUUGAAGGGACUACGGUAAUUCUUCCGUGUAGGGUCGUGGGCCAGCCGACGCCCUAUCUGUUCUGGAUGGACAACUCGGGCAAGACCGUAAGCCUCGCCACGCACGCGAGACACACCGUUCUACCUAGUGGCGACCUGCAGAUAACGGAUAUUAAGUGGGAAGAUAUGGGUGACUUCACUUGCAAGGUGCAGUCGGGAUAUACGGAGAAAAGCGUGACCACGUUUCUGUAUCCCGUAUGUUCCGAGGACACGGAAGAGUGACAAGUUCCGUGUAAAAAGGCUUGAAAAGAUUCCUGCAUUUCCAACGCCUUUUGCUAUAAGAAUGCAUAAGUGACCAAAAAAAACUAUUACACUCAUUAUUUGUCUAUAAAAAUAGAAUGUAAUUUAAUUAGAAAUAUUAUGUAUUAGAGAAAAGUACUUAUUUCUUUUUGUUACAUUUACGAUACCAGUGCUACUUGUCCUCGAAAGCUCGAUAUUUGAGCGACAGAAUCGCUUUUCACGUUGGAUCGACGCACAAAAAAAGAAAGUCUUCUCUUGUACUCGCAUCGAAGAAAGUUUGUAAACGAAUUGAAAACAGUUUUAAUAAAUGCAACCUAUACCACAUCUA